AUGCCGAUUGGCAAUCAAUCUGCUGAAUUGCUCUCGCCUCCGCUACCUCCGUCAGUAACAAAACCAUCAGCGGCUUCAGAACUCGGCGAACAGCAACUACCUUCUACAGAAGCUGAAUUAUCCCCUUCUAAAGGAGAUCCUGUUUCUUCACUUAAAUUUGGAUCGGCCCAAAAGCGGAUAUUUCAUCGAGCCGAGCUUGUGUGGCACCUGACAACCAAUGCCUCUCGCUCUAAGAUACCGGAAAAAUCGACUACAACAGCGGUGGCCAAGCGGGGUACAUUGAAAGCAAGGACAGUUAUUGGAAAAGGACCGAACUACGUGCCUAAAUCUCUAAGUAGGUUGCAUUAUUUCCCACCAUUUUUGAUUAAACUAUUCAGCGGACUCUAA